UAAAAUAACAAUGAAUAACGCCACGCCUACAAACGAUGCAGAGCAGCCAAACUCCUUUUCAGUUAAUAAAACACCAUUGACUUUUGUUCAACGGAAUUCCGGAUCGGAAGUCAGGCCCAGGAAAUUAGAAAACAUGAUUCGCGAAAUUAAUGACCCAGAAGAGUUAGUGGCUGAAACGGUUAAAAAAUGGCAUUUGGAUGACAAAUUUCUGUUCAUGGGUCCCGAUCAGGAGAUUCCACCGCAUGAAAAACUAUUAUAUACAAUUGUCCAAGAUUUAAUGCCCAACAUCAAGUUCCUGAAGAACUACGGCACUCAAAUACAACACUUGCGAAUCUAUUGUAGAAGCGUCAAUGAAAUCCAGCCAUCCAUAUAUGCUGCGAUUAGUGAAAAUUGCUGGUGGAAUUUGAAAGAAAUUGAAUUUUAUGACCUCGAAGGCGAUGAAAUCAACUCUUUUACAAAAGAAUUCCCAGUAAUCGAACGCGUACAAUUCAAAAGCGGAAGAAUUGGCCAAAAUGUUGCUGAAGCAUUCAAGAGAAACUUUUCGAAUGUUCAGACAUUGGAAUUUAGCAGCACGCUCACUGCGAUCAAUGAUCCAAGUAUCAUCAAAACAAAUUUUCAAAAUUUGAGAGAGCUCAAAGUUUGCUUCGAUAAAAAUGGUGCAAUAUUCAAUGAGCCCGACAUAAGGCAGUCAUUGAACAUGAACCAGGAACACCUACAGAACAUAACAUUAUGGGGUGAAUCGACGUCAGCGCUGUUGAGUUUCAUUAGUGAUCGAUUUUCCCACCUCAAGCAGUUGUCAUUGGAAGGAGUCUCAAAACCUGCCAUGACCGGUACUUUCAGUUACGGUCGUCCGUAUGUUUUUAAACAGUUGCAAGAAUUUGAAAUCACCACCGUUCAUGACAUGCGUUUUCCAUUUGACUUUGGACAACUUCAGAAAAUCACCAUGGAUCUGUUCAUUUUACCGGAUUCAUGGCAUCAAGAAUUUUUAAUGAAAAAUGGCCAAGUUCGUCACUUGUCGUUAAGCGUAAAACCAACAAUGAUAAGCGAUCAAAUUGUGCCGAAAAUAAGAAAGGUGCUGCCACAGUUGCGCUUUCUUGAAAUUGAAUUCGCAUCAAAUUUGAAAUGUUCAACCAUAAUGGAUUUGAUCAACGACAUUCAUUUGAAGGAGAUUUAGCUCUCUCAUCUUAACGCUGAGGCUUAUUCGGAACUUAGAAAUAAUUUUAACAACACCGACAGUCUGGGCUGGAAUGUAAUUUUCUUUCCGAACAUUCUCGGAGUUAAACUAGAACGGAUUAGAAGUGAUACAGAAACUCCCAGUAAUGAAGUAUACAAUUUAAAACGGAGAACAUUCGAACGAAACAAAGUGGCACACAUUCACAACUGGUAUGAAAAGCAAUUAAAUAAUGUUUCAAACCCGGUGGACAUGCAUGAGAAGAAUACGUUGAAUAAGCUGUUCGCCCUUUUGAAUGAGCAUCGUAACACAGAUUGGUUACAUUGGUCAUUAUCUAAGAAAUACUUAUACCGAUUAGAAGAUUUCCCCAGUAUUGAUCGUAGUCGAAUUGAAGAUUUUCUUCGCAUAAAUGGUAUGGAUAUAAACCAGAGAAAAUAAAAAAGGAGAGGUUAGGUCACGAAGAAACGGUGAAAAUUCUCAUUGGUCAAUUCGCGCCAAAUGUGAAUUUUAAAGAUGAAAAAGGACGAACUCCCUUGCAUGUGGCUGCCUGGCGUGGUCGUGAUGAAAUGGUGAAAAUUCUGAUUGAUCAUGGUGCGAAUGUAAAUUUCAAGGAUGCAAACGGAUGGACUCCUAUAAAAGUGGCUGCCUCGUUUGGUCGGCAUGAAAUGUUGAAAAUUCCCCUUGAAAAUGGAGCCAACAAUAGGCUUACUAUUAGUAAUAGAAGAACUCCAAUGGCAAGCACAGUUCGAUGGCGCUCGUAACUCGGCUGUCAUAAUGUGGUUUUAAUCAUCCUAUUAUUAAUAUAUAGGAUUAUUUUACUGUAAAUGUUUUAAAUUACCCAAUUUUGAUGUUGAGAAAAAAUUAUUGAAAAGGCAUGGGAUCGUACAUAUGUUCAAUAUAUUGUUAUUAUAUGAUUGUUACGAGCUCACUUGCCGCUUGAUUUCCAGAAGUCUCUCUUAUCAAUAUCUAUGAAAAAUAACGAUCAAGAAUAUUAUAUCUGUUCAUUAGAAAUUAUGGUUGGAUUUCUAUCAUGUUACAAGCAUACUAACUACUAUAUUAUCCAAUGUACAGUUUUUGUUCAACUUUUCAACAUGAAAUACCAAGAGUUAUUCCUUUAAAAUCACUUUCGAUUGCAGUUUUUGUGGUAAAUUAGCUAUUGAUAUUUUGAAUUUGAUUUUAAAGACACCUCUUCUAUCGGCACAGUAAAGCACUUUUCAGAGCACCAAACUUUUUUGGGCACCAAAAAAGUCUCAUUUCAAAUUACUGUAUGGAAAAGUUUUUAAUAAGGCAAUUCAAAUAGGUUGCAACUCUAUUUUCUAAGAAUAUGUGUGAAAAACUUUUCGUAAAUAUUCAAAGGUUGCCCGUGAGUAUAUUUGGUUGUCUUGGUCAUAUGCGUUGAAUUUUAAACAAGGAACAAGCGCACUCAUCCGAACCUUUCAUACAUAUUAUUUAUUUAAAUACUUUACAUACAUUCUUUAUUUGUCAAACAACACAUAGAUCAGUGCUGUCCAACAUGGUGGCCACUGGGCCACAUUUGGCCACCGAGACAAUUUCAAGUGGCCACGAGAAGAUUUGAUUUCCAUGAUAUAUCAUAUUUAAUUUUCAAUGAUUUAACAUCAAUUUGAUAAACUGAACCGAACAAAGAGCAGCAAUAGAAAUAAAUUCGCUACUGUAAAAUUCUCAAUAACGCUCUAUUUAACAUAAACAUUUGAUAAAAACCGUGCUGUUUUUUCGUUUGUAGCUUCAUUUCAAUUUUUCAUCAAAAGUGUGUAAUAAGCAAUAAUUUUGUAUGCAAGCAAAUUUGUUUUGAUUGGAUUCGGUCGAUGAAUCUUGUCGAGACUUGUUUAUGUAACAAUGCUGUCGAGUUCGUCAUUCGCUUUCAUUCAAACCAAUUCAGUGAAGAAUUCGAGCUCGGCUACGACACAGACAUUUUUUUCAGUAUCUCAAUAUUUUGAUUAAAGCACUCGAUUCACGAUUUUCGGAUUUAAAAAAAUUUCAUUUGGCAUUCAAGUUUUUGAAAAAUCCAUUUCUUUUCAAUCAAAAUGAAAUUUCAAAAUUUGUUCGAUCUUUUCAAUACAAAAAAAACUCACUUGGAGUUUGAUAUUUCGCUAAUAAAUGAAGAAACUCAUUUUCCAAAUGAAAUGAGUGAUGCAUUGUGGAAGCGAUUGCUAUUAAAUUGUAACUUUUUGGUGCUCAAAAAUAUUUUACCAAGAUUUCUUUGUAUGUUCGGCUCAACAUAUGUUUGUGAGAGCACAUUUUCCAGCCUUACACAAUGCAAAUACAAACUCCGCAGUGCAUUAUCUCAGGAAAAUUUAGAAUCGGAAAUUCGUUGCAAACUUUGUGAAUCCAAGCCCAAUUUAACUGAAUUGACCGAAAAUAAAAGUUGUCGACGAUCUCAUUAAUGAUUGAAUAAAGAAACAUCAAAUGUUUUACGACAUUUUUGGGUUUUUUCUCAUUGAUUGAAAAAGUGGCCACCGGCUCGAUCUCAGGGCCACUAUUUUGGCCACAGCAGAAAACAAGUUGGACAGCACUGACAUAGAUUCUUAAAAACUUGCAAAUACUGAAAUGGUAAUUUAUCAUAUAGCCAUGGAUAGUGUGCGCUCAAAUAGUUUACAAUUUGAUGCAAAUAAGUGUUGUACAGAGAGACAAAAAUUUUGCACAGACUUUACGCGUAAGCGGCACAGCACAGAAAUGUGCUAUUUCAACGUACACCGUGCAACGUGCAUGCAUCUCUGGAACCUAUUUUA